AUGCAACAGAGCGUUACACCAUCUGUCCGCUUCCCAGCGCUGACAUAUCUUCUCAGAAUGCCGCGUCCACCCAAGAAGUGUGGACAGAAACCCGUCGCGAAAGCCGGGGGAAAGGCUUCAAAAGACGGGAUCCCGAAGGCGAAGGGCAAGACCAGCAAGGAGCCAGAGCCGGAAUCGGCUGGGACACGAAGGCUCAUUGAGGAAAUGGCGAGGGCUUGCGAGGCCUUUCUGUCCGAGAAGUCAUCACACGCUCGGCUUCCCAUGGCAGCCAUCCAGCAGCUCUCCCAUGUGGCCUGGGAAGUGAAGAUGGAUUCCUGGAGAUGCAGAGAGGCCUUGGUCGGUGAUGCUGCGAAGGAUUUAGCACAUGUUGCAGACAGCGGAGACGUGCUUUCCCGAGUCUUCAAGGCCUUGCAGAGCAAGUGCUUGACCCCGGGGGAUUUGGAUCGACGCAGGCCUGAAUCUUCGGAGGCCAAGCUCGAGAAUGAUUCUGCCGGCUUAUCGCUCGCCUCCUUGAUCCUGGAUCUUUCGGCGACGAACCAGCCCAGCCGAGACAGCUCGAAGGCAGACAGCGGAGUGCCGAACCUUCAGCCGGGAGAGGAAGUCAUUGCUCAUUCGGUGUCUUUUCUCUGGCACGAGGUAAGGUUCACACUGCCCAUGUUGCUCGAGGCCAAUGCUGCGAGCACAGAAGCUGCGGCUACAUGUACCAAAGUCACACGUGCUCUUCGCUCGAUUCACCACCUCUUCGCCUCGCGACGUUAUGCGAGCCGCGCUUUGCCUGCAACCUGCCUGGCGCACCGCACCGCUGUCCUGGCCUCGCAGUGUUCUUCCAUCGCUUCCUCGCUGUCCUCUUGCAGCCCAGCAAUCAUCAAAGCGGCUUUGGGAGCCCUUGGCGAAGCAAGUGGUGACCUCCUCGUGGCGCUUCUGGGCUACGGCUGCGCAGAUGCGGCACUUCAGUCCGCUGCCUUUGCAGAGCUUGGCAAACUAGCAGCGAGCCAGCUGCUGGUGAACGGCCUUUCAGGGAAGGGCCCUUCCUUUCUAGCCCUUGCCUUGCGAGCCAUCGGCGCGACACUGCUUCCUUUGAACUUGGAGGAAGGUCGGGGCAGUGAUGGCAAGGCUCAGAUGGCGCAGACAGCCCGACUGGCCGCAGAGUGUGUUGCAUCGGCGGAGGCUCGUGCCGGGAACCUCGCAGCGGCCGUCCUGCAGGUCUUGGUGGACUCUCAUGGCAGCGAUUUCACGCAGCUCGAGGGUCUCGUGAUGCAACUCGUGUCCGCUUGUGCAGAUCCACGGUGGGCGGCAGCCCCGCUCUUUGCAUUGCGCAUGAUCGCUGCCCUGCGACGAGUGGCUGGGGCCUCCCGUGGCGUUGAGUUGGAAUGUGGGCGGCGGGAGGAAGCCACACGAUUGAUCGGAAAGGCCGCAGAAGCCCUCUGCUCGCAGCACUUGGAAGCAUCGGGAACGACUGCAGCCGCCUGUGAAUCCGAUGCCUCCGUUCUGCGAAAGGCAACGCCUGCAUCUGGUACAGAGCAUGCGCGGAGCACAUCGAGCUUACUGGCCCUCGCUGGAUUCCAGAAGCGUGACUCUGGGGGUCAGGAGAGCGCCCUGCUGGCACCUGCCUCCGGCACCUCCUCCCCAGGGCACUUGCAGGGAAGUGCUGUGCCAGCGAGCUGCGCCACCUGCAACGCUGCGGCUUUGCUUUGUUUGGCCACGGGCAGUUCGCCUGGUAAGGGGAAGAAAGCCAAGGCCACAAAGACCUCCCAGGCGGAUGGAAGUCUCCCAAUCCUUCGCUCAUGGGCGAGCUGCAGCAGCUUGGAAUCAGGUGCAGAGAAAGCAAGCGCCCAGGCCUGCCGCAGCGCACGACGCCUCUACAGUCACCUGCUCUGGCGGGAUGGGGAGAGCUAUCUGUGUCGUGCAAGAACUGCGGCGCUGGAGUCGCUGCUCUCGAUCGGUCGGGGCCAUCCAUUGGCCCUCGUACGGCGCCAGGCCUUGGCGAGCUUGGCCGGGGCCUGCAUGGCGGACCCUUCGCUGCUGGCCUCUCGCUGUAUCGUGGAGGCUGUGGCCAGUGGUCUGCAAGAUGAGGCGGCUUUGGCUCGGCUGGCCAGCGUGGACCUCGUCCUGCGGCUCAGCAGCCAUGGCCACGGUGAGGUCAUCGAACAACGGCUGGCGGAGUUGCGCGGCGCUGUGCGAGGGCGGCUGUCUGAUCCAUCGCCUCUCGUGCGCCGAGCGGCCUUCCGUGCCGCAUGCCAGUGGCUUGAGGAGGGUGUCGAGGCCCCGAGCCACUGCCUGCAAGAGGCAGGCAAUCUCCUGCGCCGGCUGCGAUCCGAGCAGCCGACGAUCCGCUCCUUCGUCCUGGGGGUGCUGGCACGCAUGGUCUUUGAUGGGCUCAGCAAAACCGGCAAGGAUCGGCUGGAGAGUCUCCAGGCCCUCCUCGCGCAAAGCGGUGCUGGUGGGACUGGCCUUCGCGAUGUCAUCGCUGCGCACUGCAGGGCCAUGGACGCGAGCAAAGAUGUGGAGGACGCGCCCGUCGCAACGACCUCAGUGAUGGCCGAGGUCGUUGGUUGUGCUUUCGCAGUGCUGCCAGCAAAGCCAGAGAAGCUUGAGAAGCAUCACUUACAGCUCCUGACCAUCUUGGAGCAAGUGGGGAUGGAACGCCCAGCCGCCUUUCAGUCCAGCCUGGCGCUUCUGCAAAGAUGGCUUGAUGUGGACACCCAGUGUCAGGACGCAGGCGACGCAGGUCCUUCCAGCCCCGAGCUGGACCUCCCCAUCUGCGCCUGCAACAUCCUCGCGCAAGUCCUGCCACACUGGGCCGAGCACACCUCCACCCUCUCCAAGCAGAGCCAGGCGCGCAAGCUGAUGGCCCAGCUGGCGGCUCUGAUGGAAGAGGCCAGGGUUCCCCUGGGCGACCUGGGCCUCCUGGCCCGGGCCGUCGUCCGAUGCUUGGCAGUGCUCGUUCCACUGUGGCCCCCUGCGGGGCAGAUGCUGGUGGGACACUUCGGUCGCAGUGUACGCAUCCUAGCAGAGGUAGUGCAGCAGUGUGGCCCCGUCCCGCACGGCAGGAUCUGUCGCCAUGCAUGGAUCGUGGGGUCCGUGGUGGAGUUUUUGGAUCAGGGCUCUGAGCUGCUCUCCACAGAGGGCGGCUGCAAGCUUGCCUUCGAAAGCGCGGUCCUUCUGCUCAGUGACUGCUGCCUGCGUGGGCCUUUGGCCGGGCAGCCUGCCAUCGUGACGGCGCUGGGCUUUGCGCUCCGACGCUGUCCGUCCCUCCUCCGCGAGGAGGCACGGCGCGGUGCCGGAGGUCCUGGGCCACUGGAGGUGCUCCGGCACGGCUUGAAGCAGGCCGAAGGCAACUUCGGCACGAACCUCCGGGCGCGCACUGCAGAGACCUUUGCAGGACUGGCCGCGCACUUCCAGGAGGUGGCGCAAGCGAACAGCGCGAGCAGUUCCGAUAUGGAUGCUGUCUCGGAAGCCAGCAUAGCAGCACAGAGCCUGGCAGGGCUGCAGAAGGAGGUGAUGCAGAUCCUGCAUUCCACAGACAGCGUUUCCACUUUGCAGGCUCUGCGGGGCCUUAACUCACUUUGCGACCUUGGGGUCGUCCACCCUGCUUCGACACUGCCGAGCCUCCUCUCGGCCAGCUUGGCUGGGAACCCCUCGGCUUCUCCGCACACACGCAGCCUCCUCCUGCGCCUGGUGGAGGCCACACCUCCGCUCCUGGUGCAGAAGUGUGGCCAUGGCCUCAAGGCAGCCGCCGAGCAGCUCGGCCUUCAGCUCGGCUCCUCGGGAAGCGUCCACCAGGACGCCUGGCGUUUUGCAUCAGUGUGCGAUGCCUAUGGCACGUUCUUGUCAGAUGGCAAGCAGAUGCGCGAUCAGUUUCUCACCGCUCUCAUGACUGAAAUGAUCAGCACUGGCAUCGAUGCAGGCGAUCUGUCGCAGUCGCAGGUCUUGCUCCGAGUUCAGCUAGCCCUCGGCUUGCUCAUGCGCUUACCGAUUUCUCGCGAAGCGGAGCUUGCUAGGAUCUUCGAGUGCACGAUCCAGUUUCUGAUGUUGAAGGUCAUGCCUUUACUGGCAGAUGCAGCUGCCGAGCCAGAGGAAAGGCAAGUAGGGGAGGAAGACAGCAUGGGGCCCGGGCCCUCCUUUGCGUUGGUGGCAGUUGCCAUCGUGCUGCACAAGUUGUCCAUGCAUUGGCUCAGCUUGGUGGGCUCUGAGUUUGCCAAGCACAUGCUAGCUUUUGCGGCUUGCCCCAACUCUGAUCGGCCCAGUGCCACGCUCGACUUGCCUCUUCCUCCUGGCUUCGCACGGAAAGAGCCACCAGACUUCUCAGAGACCUUCCAGCAGCUCAAAGACUCCGCCGGAGAAAACGGGAACCUCUCGGUGCUCCUCUCAUCGGAGAUCCCCGCCGACUCGCCUCUGCUGGCCGGCAAGGUGACCAGGGCGACCGGCGCAGCCGCAGUGCAUCCUCGCGGACGCAAGCGCGCUGGCGACGAGGCCCAGGACGCGGAGAAGGGAGCAGAGGGCAGUGGGAAACGAAGGCGCAAAGCCAAGCGAGCACUCGAGGGAGCCUCGAAGAAG